GUAUGGAAGCAAAGUAGCACUGAGAGGGCAGAAAAAAUUAGGGAUAGAAUAUUGAAUGAGAAAUGGUGGGAUCUUGUUACAUAUCUCCUAAGUAUCAUUGAACCCAUCAUGAGCAUGAUUUGCUAUACAAACAUGGAUAGGCCUUGCAUAGGUGAGAUUUAUGAUGGCAUUGAUUCAAUGCUUGAAAAAAUAAAGGUCACUAUAAAUGAAAAAGAGAAUGAUCCUCAGGAGAAAUUCUUCAAAGAACUGGAAGUAAUUAUUGUAGAGAGGUGGAAUAAGAUGACCACUCCUUUGCACCUUCUUGCCUAUGCCUUGACACCUAAGUACUAUAGCAAUCAGUUUCUUGAUAAACCAGGAAGGAUUCCACCAUGGAGAGAUCUAGAAGUAUCUGAUGGGUACAAGGCAGCAUUUCUUAGACUAUAUCCCGAUGAUGAUUUGCGAGAUGUUGUUACAAAUGAGUUCAUAGAAUUCGCAAAUGGGAAUGGUCUAAGUGUUGAUGCACUUCGUCAUAGAUCCAAGAAAGAUGCUCAUAGCUGGUGGUACUUCCAUGGCACAUGCUUCCAACACCUACAAUCCCUCGCUAUAAAAGUUUUAUCACAAGUUGCUAGUUCAUCUGCUUCAGAAAGAAAUUGGAGCACAUACUCUUUCAUCCACUCAGUAAAGCGCAAUAGGCUGCUAUCAAAAAGAGCGGAGAAUUUAGUAUAUGUGCAUUCCAACCUACGUCUUCUUUCACACAAAUAACAUGACUACACACAAGGGGAAACAAAGAUGUGGGAUAUAGA